GCGGGGGAUAUGGCUUGGCUGCGUUGAAUAAAAGUCACUUUUUGAUAGAAGGAAAUUUGAUUUUAGUAGUACCCGAUGAGACGGUCAUAUGAACAUAAUCUAUAAAGUAUUGUCAUUGUCACUUUUACGGAGCUUUGCGCGUUUUAAGGAGCCUGGCACCUUUGGUACAAUACUGCAUAUUGUACUUCGUCCUGCCUCGCAUGAAUUGGGCUUGGAGGAGGAGGAGUAAAGCUAAUCAAUCAAAUGAUACGUUAACGCCCCCUUAGCUUCGAUUCAAGUCAAUCCAAUGUUUCCAGACGGCUCGAACGGAGUCAUGCACAAGUCCGGUCAAAAAAUCGCUGCUGCUACCAGGAAUCGCACCUUGUUCUAAAUUUCACUUCAUUCAUAACCAAUAACACACAGAAGGUGAGGUUGAGCGUACGGUAUUUUAGAAUGGAACUUUUACUAACUUUAAUUAUAUUUCAAGUUGCUCAGAUGGUGGUGAACCCUGUUACGGUGGUCAGACUUCAGAAGAGACAAGUUAGCAACAGUAUAUGUACAACUGGAUGUUUCCCUGGUUACCAAGUAAAUGAGUCUUGUUGCGAAGUUGGCAGUAGUUGUACAGAAAGUGAAUUUUGUGAGGAAUGUGUUGCUGAAAGUUAUUCUAAAGGUGGAAGGGAUGAUAACUGUAAAAUUUGUGACAAAUGUGAGAAUGAUGAAAAAGUGCUGGAGCCCUGUUCAAAGGAAAACAACACUGUUUGUGCCAGUAGUAAUGGCAGCACUGUGAUAACAACAUCAACUGUCUUGACUACAACAGUACCAGAUGGCAAUCCCAAGAACAAUAAAAAACCUGUGGUUGUAAUUCUUGUUGUUGCUGCUAUAGUUAUUAUAAUUGUUUGUAUUAUUGGCUUUGCUACAAAAGUGUUUUGUUGGUGGACUAAGGAAUCCCAGGAAUUUUGGACUAAUUACUUUCCCUGUUGUUGUGAGAACAGAAAAAAUGACGGUAGAGAGGAGCAAUCCCCUUUAUCUACAGAGGAGCAAUGCUUACUACCUGUAGAUAGAGCAAAAGAGAUCCUAGAGAUAUCACUAGCAAAUAUUAAAAGGCCAGAUUUGGCCUUAAAAGUUCAUGGUCGCAAGGAAGAUGUAACCCAGGAUGGAUGGUAUAGUAUUAUCGAUGAUCUAAGAUUCCUAGACUUGAAUUUUAAAGAACUUACUGAAGUGUGUGGCAAACUAAGCAGUAAACUCCCAAACUGCGAUAACUCUCGCUAUGACCCAAAUCGUGAUAUUGAACAGUACUGUAAUAACUUACCAGACGAGGAAAACACCCACUUGUUAAUUGAUUUGUGCAAGAACGAUCCAUUCCGUAGAGCAUCAAUCAUUGCAUAUGAAUCUUUGGGUCAUAAUUAUGAGCUAUGUUUACGUACUGUGAUUGAGCUCUGCUGCAAAAAGGAAGAUAUUACCACUUUAAGCGAUGUUCCAACCUCAGAAUAUGAGAAUUGUGUCAUGAAUAUAAUUCAAAACCACACUGAUUUCAAUGAAAAUACUAUUCUACAAAGUGGAUUAGAUUCUGUGCUGCAAUCAUUUGCAGCUACGAGGCGUCGUUUGGGACGUUCCUAUUUAUGUCUUUAAGUAUAUACAUUCUAUUGUUACAGAAUUAUUACUGUGAAACUAUUCUGUGUACAGAAAAAAUUAUGUGUUAACAGAAUUAAUUAUGUAACACAGAAUUAUUAUUAACUAUUCUGUAGUACAGAAUUAAUUCUGUACUACAGAAAUAUUUCAGAACAGAAAUAUUUCUGUUCUUACAGAAAGAAUUCUGUCCAUUCAGAAUGUAUUCUGUAAAGCCAAAAAAGAUCAGGUUUUAAAAUACUUAAUUUUGUAGUUUUAUAUAAGCCUAUUUUAUACUUUAAAAGCGGAACAAGUAAAUAGGAAUGUGCAACACAUGGCAGGGGCUUAACAUUUUUUAGAUAAUGGUGAACCUAAUUUUGAUAAUGUAUUUGGUUGGUCAUUGGUUUUCAGCUUUCUGUUUUUCCUUUCAGUUUGUAUUUUGUAUGUAGGUAGUUCUUGGUAAACUAGUUUCUGUUACCAAGAAAGAUUUUAUUAUUACACCAUAAAAGAAGGAACACAGA